CUAUCAUUUUCCAUAUACUAAUUAUCUAAGAAGUUGCUGUGCCAAGUUGCAUGAAGUAUCCUGUAUAAAUGUAUUUUAUCAAAUGUAAUAGUAUAUUUGGAUAUCUAAAGAACAAAAUAUCAUGUUUUACGAAUGAAAAUAUUUGUUCUUCAAUUAUUUGAAUAAUAUAUAAAAAUAUUUAAUGGAUUAUAUGCUUAACGUUUUUUUUCAUUAAAAUUUGAACCUAACUUAUUGAAACGUGUGAAUCUAACCUAUUAUAGUAUUUAAAAUUAUUGCAAUAUAUGCUUGUCAAUAUAAUGUUGUUGCGAACAUAUAAAUGGGAAAUGAACUGUCGGUUUAAGCAAUUUGCUCGCAAUUUUGGCAUUAUAAAGUUCCAGCCACUUCUUGAAUUUGAACAUACUGUUCGUAAAUUUCCAGUAACACAACUUGUUAGAUGCAAAUCUGGCACUCCUAUGAAUACCAUUAUAUUAUUUGUUCCACAACAAGAGGCAUGGAUUGUUGAAAGAAUGGGAAAAUUUCAUAGAAUUUUAAAUCCAGGAUUAAAUAUUCUUACACCAAUAAUUGAUAAAAUUAAAUAUGUUCAGUGUCUCAAAGAAAUAGCUAUAGAAAUACCUCAACAAAGUGCUGUUACAUCAGAUAACGUAACAUUAAAUAUUGAUGGUAUAUUAUACUUAAGAGUAGUUAAUCCAUUUUUGGCUUCAUAUGGUGUUGAUGAUCCUGAAUUUGCUGUAGUUCAGUUAGCUCAAACCACAAUGAGAUCUGAAUUAGGAAAAAUAUCUUUAGAUAAAGUUUUCAGAGAAAGAGAGGGACUUAAUGUUUGUAUUGUUGAUAGUAUAAAUAAAGCAAGUGAAGCUUGGGGUAUAACAUGUCUUCGAUAUGAAAUACGAGACAUAAGAUUGCCACAAAGAGUACAAGAAGCAAUGCAAAUGCAAGUAGAAGCGGAACGUAAAAAGAGAGCUGCAGUUUUAGAAUCGGAAGGAGCUAGAGAAGCAGAGAUAAAUAUUGCUGAAGGAAAACGUUUAGCACAAAUUUUGGCAUCAGAGGCUGCAAAACAAGAAGAAAUAAAUAAGGCAACUGGUACUGCAACUGCUUUAGUAGCUAUUGCUGAAGCACGUGCAAAAAGUUUAAAACUUGUUGCAGGUGCUCUCAAUUUAACCGAUGCAAAAAAUGCAGCAGCAUAUAGUAUAGCAGAACAAUAUGUUAAAGCAUUUAAUAAAUUAGCAAAAGUUAAUAAUACUUUAAUUUUGCCCAGUAAUGUCUCUGAUGUAUCUGCCUUGGUAACACAAGCAAUGACAAUUUAUAAACAAGUUAUGUCUCAACCUACAUUAGAUAGUCCGGAUGUAAAAGAAAAUAAAGAUCUUCUUAAUGAUGAUGAAUCAGAUGAAACUUUUGAGUAUUUCAGUGAUAAAGAAGAAGCAGAAAAACAUAGAAGGAGCAAAAGAAAGCGAAAUCCUAAAGCAUUGUAAAAUAUUUAUAAAUAAUAUAAAUAUAUUUUGAUUUUUACUAUCUCA